AAGAAUUCAUCUGUAGCUAAAAAAAGUCUUGGUUGUUUUAUGUCUACAUUUUUUUUCUGAUGUGAGAAUGGCAAUGAAAAUGUUAAUGUUUUUUGUGAUUCUGCUACUCUUUGUCAACACAAUCGCGAAUGCACAAACAUGUGAAUCACAAUAUUUGUGUCGAAAUGGUACCAAUGAUGGUGGAAAGUCAUUCUUUGCAUAUUUUGCUGGUGAGCCUACCGAAAAUUCCAUUUUAAAUAUAACCCACAAUUUUCUUAACACCACUGCUGUAAAUCAAAAAGCUUGUGUCAAAAAAUGCAUGCUCAAUGCAACAUGCUUUGGAGCAAAUGCUGGACCAGUGGAAACUAUGUUUGAUGGAAUGCAAGUACAUGAAUUUGUUGAAUGUCAUCUCUACAAAGAAAACAUUUAUUCAAAUAAAUCAUUGAUUGCAAAAAAGACUGGCUGGAUUCACGUUUCUCUUAAGAAUACUGGUUGCGACGAAAGGCUGUGUAAAAAUAACGGCACGUGUUUACCAGGGUAUAACAACGAUUCAUUUACUUGUGAAUGUCCAAUGUCACACUGGGGAGAUUUCUGUGAAGAGAGAAGACCGUUUGCAUUUGGAGGCACGACAACCGGACUCACCAUAGACUACUGCCAUUACCCAUUCAGUUAUGGAGGAAAGGAGUACAAAGAUUGCACCUUUGAUGCUCCUCCAAGUCUCACUGCAGUUAGGGCGUGGUGUGGCACAACUGCAGACUCUAGUGUAUUUGGAUUUUGUUCGUUUGAGGCUUUACCCACCUGGAAAUUUACGUUUGACGACAUAACAAACAUUCAGAAUAUUGGAACUGAUGCAGUAGCUCAAGCCACUAUUACGGCAUAUUCUAAAAUCGUGUCUGUCCCUGAACGGCCAGGAAAUGUUUUGCAGGUAUCUGGAGGAGCGGCAUUGUCAGUACUUUCUGCAACUACUAAAAUGCAGGAAUGCUAUCUUAAUCCUGACGCAUGUUCAGAACUAACAUUGGCUUUGUGGGCCAAGUUGUUACUGAAAGAUCUCGAAGUGCAAACCGCUGCCAAUAGUACUGCUCAACGAACAACUGUUCUACAUCAGCCUGAUGUCGGGCCCACACUAUGGUUCGAUUAUCAAACAAGAAAUUGGACAAUAGAGUAUCAAACAGUGACUAAGCAUGUGUUGGCGUCACAUGGACCUUACAAUCCACUUGAAUGGAGACAUUUUGGUGUUCAGUUUGAUGGAACAACACUUAACUUUUAUAUUGACUCGAUCCAUGUUGCAUCAGGAGCAAGUGUAUCACAAUCAGGAAGCGGGGAUGUAACUGGAGUGAUAUUAUUUAGUCACAACGGUUUGGAUUAUUGUGUUCCUGGCUAUUACAUGAUUGACGACUUUGUAUACUUCUACGAAAAAAUGCAGCCUAUAGCGGCUGUAUAUCUAUCAGACUCGGUGAAAGAAAAAACAAGCAAGGAAGUUAAAGAUAAAUAUGCGCCUGUAGAAAUCGUGGAAGUUUCUCCACCAAAACCAGAUCAGAAGCAUAACUAGCUAUAACCUCGGCCUGAGUAAGGUCAAUGUUAUAUUAAAUUUCGAUUUCUAAUUUUUUGUUCUACAUUUUUCUUUUGUUGUUGUAAAUUCCACUAAGGAAAUUAUUACUCUUACAUCGGUUUCCAAAGUUUUGAUAAAGGUUAAAGUUAUGUGUUGUGUUUUUGUGGUAUAGCUGUCGUGUUAAGUAAUUUCUGCACUAUUAAAUGCAACAAGAAAGAAGUUCACAAUUUGUUUCUGUAAAUUAUAAACUUUGUUGGACAAAAGUGACGAAAGGGAAAAUUAUUUCUCUCCUUUUGUGAACUUUAUUUUAACUAGCAUUUGUAAAUACUUAUGUAUUUACUUUAUUAUAAUUACUUGAUUUUGACAUUGUAACUAUGCAAUUUAUUCUUGGUAACUUGAUAUUUUAGGAGGCUAGAAGGGGGGCGGGGGUGAUUUGACUUAACGGAAUUUUGAAAUUAAGAACAAAAUAUGAUUAUUACGUGAUUAAAAAAUAAUAAUAGUAAUAAUAAUAACAAUAAAAUUCUUGGUGCUUAAAAACGUUAAUUAAAAAAAUAUAUCUAUUAUGGCUGGAGAAAAGAAUUGUUUGAAUUACCUAAGGUUCAAAUUAGGAAGUAUUAGAAAGUAUUUCGUGAUAUUAUUUUAUUGUGGUAUGUUAGUUACCAGGAGUGGACUGCUUUAUUAAGUAAAUUUACAAAAAUAAAUUUAAAAAGUUUGUUAAAAAAAAAGAUGCACCGAAA